AUGGACACCCUCAAUGGGUAUCCAGUGCCAAGUAACAUCCUGGCGCCCGGGGGUUUGGGCACCGAGGUGUUGGACAUCUGCGCGGGUGGCCAUCCCAAGCUGAUCCGGGUUUUGUACCGGCAAGACUGUUCGGUCGUCCCGCCUCGGCUCCGGCUCCUGGUGGUGACCCACCCUGGAUGGCAACCAUGGUCCGUGCGCAUUGCUGGACGAGUUGACUGGCACGCCUCCGAUGCAGCUCCUGCACCUUUCACGCACCCCACCGCGACUUUGACGGAAAUCUACCUGGGCGUUCUAAAGCACUGGGGACGUAAGGUCUCAGAGGCUACGCGCAGACAGAUUGAACUUCUUGCGCCCAACCACAUCCUCGACCUGCCACUCGACGGCGACGACGUUUUCUUCGAGGACUAUAGCUGGAUCACACCUCCCAUCCGUCCAGCUCCGCAUACGAACAAGAACGUAGACGACGGCGAGGACAAGACCAACAACAAUACCAAGACCGACGACGACGGUAACGACAAUCAGGACGGCCUGGGUACCAGCGAUUCUACAGGUCCGCUCUGGAACGACGAGGACAACGAGGACAGCGACAAGACCAUAGCUGGCUGUCCUGUCGAACGUGACGGCGACAUCACGAUGGCGCCUUCCGGCCCUAAGGCGCAGCAGAAUGCUAGCGCUGCAAACCCUGCCCCGACGCCUACCCCCGAGCCUGCGGCCUCGAAGGGGCCGCACCCCGGUCAUAUUCAAGUGGCGUGCCAGUAUACCAGCGAACAGAGAUUGAGACGCAUGCUGCGAGACAAUAAGAGUGAUCCCGCCAGGGAGGAUAACUACCGUCUUCAAGGUGUACAGCUCAUCGAUAACAUCCGAACCUUGUUACAUGUCCCCGUCAAGACUUUCGACACCGCCUGCGUCUACUACCACUGGUUCAGACUGUCGUUUCGUGACGCCGAGUACAACUACCAGGAUGCCGCCGUGGCUGCGCUCUUCCUUGCUUGCAAGGUUGAGGAUACCAUCAAAAAGUCCAAGGAGCUCCUAUGUGCUGCGUACAACAUUAAGAACCCUGACCAUACCACGACCCAGGACGACAAGAUGUUUGAGCAACCCUCCAAGAUCAUCAUAGGCUUGGAGCGCUUGGUCCUCGAAACCGUUGGCUUCGACUUUCGUUGCCGUUACCCCCAAUCCGCUCUGCUCAAGGCCACAAAGAAGAUCAUGGGCCCCGACUCAAAGAAGAUCUUCUCUAUCGCGAUGGACAUGAGCGUGGAUUUAUACAAGACCUUCGCUCCGAUCAAGCAGACCAGUUAUGCCAUGGCUUUGGGCUUGCUCGAGCUAACCGCUCGAAUCCUCGGCGAGGGGGUGGACAAGAUCGAACGGAUCAACUACGCCGAAUUCCACACGACUCGCCAGAACGUGGUCGAAACCGUGCUCGACCUGCUCGACCUCUACACGCAGCACGGCAAGUCCACCAAGCUUGGCAACAAGUUCGACCUGAACAAGUUCAUCGAGGUCAAGAUCGUCAUUAACAACGAGGUCGACAACACUCCGAACCUCGCACGGUAUGCCCACUGGUGCAACAACUGCGACGGCGGCGAGGACGAGAACCUAUCCAAUGGCGUCUCGGUCCUCAAGAAUAUCUCGUUCUUUGGUAGCAACAGCGCUAAGCGCAACGGACGCAACCAGGACGGCACGAUGCGCUUCGUCUUUGACCCGGAGCAGGCCCGUCAGGAGCGCAAGGAGGUCGAGGCGUAUUAUCGCGACGAGUACGAGGAGUACGAGGUCGAGGUUGAGGUUCCCAUCGAGCCGGAGCGCCCGAACCACAAUAAUCACAACAACCAUAACAACCACCGUGACAAGCGGCAUGACGGCGGCGGCGGCGGCGGCGGUGGCUGGGGCGGCCCGAACCACCACCGGCGUAAUCGUGGUAAGGGCCGUGGCUACUACUGA